AUGAAUACCUCAAGGUAUUAAACACCGCUGUAGCUGAGGUCAAGAAAUAUUUCCUAGGGCCAUUUUCUCCCUCCUGCAAGAUGGUAAAGAUGAUGAGGCGGUUUCUCUACACUGUUUUGCCCGAGGACUCCUACAAGAUAGCCUCUGGAAAGCUCCACGUGGCCCUGACCCGAAUGGCAGAUGGCGAGAACAUCGUGAUUUCCGAAUUCACAUCCAAGGAGGAGCUCGUGGAGGUGCUGUAUUGCAGCUGCUUUGUCCCAGUCUACUGCGGGCUCAUCCCUCCGACCUACCGAGGCGUGAGAUACAUCGAUGGUGGCUUCACUAGCAUGCAGCCCUGCGCUGACUGGACAGACGCCAUCACCAUCUCUGUCUUCACCGGGCAGUAUGACAUCUGCCCCCGGGACUGCCCCGCCGUCUUCCACGAUUUCCGGAUGUUUAACUGCACUUUUCAAUUCUCACUGGAGAACCUGGCCAGAAUGACCUAUGCUCUCUUUCCUCCUGACAUGAUGGCUCUUCAUGAAUACUAUUACCGAGGGUACCAAGACACAGUCCAUUACCUGAAGCGACUGAAUGCCGCCAGUCUCCAAUCUCCCUCCAGGAAGCUGGCUUUUCCCCUGGUGGAUGUGUUCUCCCCAGGGAAUCCAUUGCUCUCCAAGGAAUGGGCAAUGGGUAGCAAAACAGGACCAGACAGGAUGCCCAGCCGUGCAUCGGACUCCUGUGAACAAACCCGGGAGGAGGCAGCGGAAGGGACCAGGAAGGAUGGUAGCCUCUCGCCUGGGUCCCCAUCCAAGCUGUCUGCUCCAUCACCUCCUGGUUCCCCACCCAGCUGGUCCGCUCCAUCGCCACCUGGGUCCCCAUCCAGACACUUUUCUCCAUCACCACCUGGGUGCCCACCCAGCUUGUCCACUCCAUCACCCCCUGGGUCCCCACCCAGGCAGAAGGCUCCAUCACCCCCCGGGUCCCCACCCGGCCAAUUCUGUCCAUCGCCUCCCGGGUCUCCACCCAGGCAGCGGGCUCCAUCACCCCCCGGUUCCCCAUCCAGGGAGUCCUCUCCAUCACCGCCUGGAUCCCCACCCACCCAAUUCCCUAUGUCAACCACGCAGCCCCCUGGAUCGCCACCUCUCCGGUCCCCUUCGCCCCCUACCCAGAAGCCUAUGCAGUCCCCAACAUCUCCUGCACAGCUGCAUACAUCCACGUCCCGGUGGCACCCGGUGGCACAGGCCCAGCCUCCCGGAUCUCCACCUCUACAGUCCCCUACAACCUCCGACCAGCUGCCCGGCUCACCACCCCUUGAUUUUCCUGGAUCGGCACCCAUGCAUUCCCCUGGCUCACCUCCAAUCUUGUCAGCGGUCGCAUCGUCUGCUCCACAGCCUCCCCUGGAGCCUCCGGUCACGUGCUCUCCCCAAGGUACCGUUGUCCUCUAA